UCAGCGGUAUUCUUUAAUAUACAGCUCCCGAGUCUAUAAUUUCUGUCCUCUCCACAAGCAUUUUUUUUCUAAAUUCGUACCUGAAAACUCGAUAUGCAUGGACUCCCAACAUUGAAAUUUAACGAAUUACUUUGUGAACGAACCACUAACGUAACUGGUGUUGGUCGCGGAUGGAUACUGCUGUAUGCCCGUUGCAGUUCCGAAGUUCUUCUUGGGGAAGAGUCAACAAUAUCGAUCUCAGAUUAAAGCUAAAGAUGGAAUUGGAAGAAACAAAACACACCAAAAACAAAACUUACAUAUGUGGGGAGUGUGGGUACAGGACGGUUCGCAAGACCAACUUAUCCCGACAUAUGAAAAGUCAUACAGGGGAAAAACCCUACAACUGUGACCAGUGUGACUAUUCUGCUGCAGAGAAAGCCCAUUUGGAUCAACACCGUCUCGCGAAACACACUAGUGAGAAACCCUUCGUGUGUGAGGAAUGUGGAUACAAGGCAGCAAGAAAGUCACAACUUUCUGAGCACAUAAAAACUCACACUGGAGAGAAACCUUUUAAGUGUGAGGAAUGUGGAUACAGGGCCGGGAGAAAGUUUGACCUAUUCAAUCAUAUGAAAACUCACACUGGAGAGAAACCCUACAUAUGUGGAGAGUGUGGGUACAGGACAGCGAGAAAGUCUGACCUAUCUAUUCAUAUGAAAACUCACACUGGAGAGAAACCCUACAAGUGUGAGGAAUGUGGAUACAGCACAGUGAACAAGUCUCACCUAUCCCGACAUAUGAGAACUCAUACCGGGGAAAGGCCCUAUAAGUGUGACCAGUGUGACUAUUCUGCUGCACAGAAAUCCUGUUUGGAUGAUCACCGUCUCGCAAAACACAUAAGUGAGAAACCCUACAUGUGUGGGGAGUGUGAAUACAGGACAGUGAGAAAGUCUGACCUAUCCAUUCAUAUGAAAACUCACACUGGAGAGAAACCCUACAUAUGUGGGGAGUGUGGAUACAGGGCAACUCGAAAGUCCCAACUUUCUGAGCACAUAAAAACUCACACUGGAGAGAAACCCUUCAAGUGUGAGGAAUGUGGAUACAGGGCAGUGAACAAGUCUCACCUAUCCCGACAUAUGAGAACUCAUACCGGGGAAAGGCCCUAUAAGUGUGACCAGUGUGACUAUUCUGCUGCACAGAAAUCCUGUUUGGAUGAUCACCGUCUCGCAAAACACAUAAGUGAGAAACCCUACAUGUGUGGGGAGUGUGAAUACAGGACAGUGAGAAAGUCUGACCUAUCCAUUCAUAUGAAAACUCACACUGGAGAGAAACCCUACAUAUGUGGGGAGUGUGGAUACAGGGCAACUCGAAAGUCCCAACUUUCUGAGCACAUAAAAACUCACACUGGAGAGAAACCCUACAAGUGUGAGGAAUGUGGAUACAAGGCAGUGAGCAAGUCUCACCUAUCCCGACAUAUGAGAACCCAUAUGAGGGAAAGGCCCCACAAGUGUGACCUGUGUGAGUAUUCUGCUGCACGGAAAUCCCAGUUGGAUGGACACCAUCUCGCAAAACACACUAGAGAGAAACCCUAAAUGUGUGGGGAGUGUGGGUUCAGGACAUACAGCUACAAGGCCUGUCUGUCCUGACAUGUGAAAAUGUAUUAUUAUACUGGGGCCCUGUCAGGGAGCUUUUCGGAAAGAAAAGCAUAACAUAAAAGACAACAAAACACGCAGAACAUAAGAAUUAGUAAUGAGCAUAAUUUGUGUAGAUUCUGUAGUGAACACUUCUAUUUUAUGUUUUGUCAUCCUGGCCGGGCCUCAAUUUGGAAAUGUGACAGUUACACGUAGCCUACAUUUGUAAGUCGGCCUUUUGGGGUGGGGUACUCCUUACAUGUACUAUAUAUCUAACGUGCAUGUCAGUUCUGCUUGUAACAGGUUUUGUUGUGUGCCAGCUCCGUAGAUAAGGCCAUACCAAUUUAAUUGAUUGGACCGUGGAAUUGGAGUGGAGUGAUGGCCAAAAAAGAUAUUUGAAAAAAAAUUGCAAAAGAUUGGUAAAGAUAAGGGUUAAUACAAAAUGUAAUGAGUAAGGAUGAAUGAUUGAAUGACAUUUUAUUUACGUUUCUUUUGCUUUGUGCGCCCUGGAGCCCUUGUGGUCUAAGACAUGGAAAUACAGUAGUAACAUAUGAAUAAGUUGUCAGGCUAAAGAAGGCAAUCGCUACAACUGUUCAGUAGCUGCCCCUUUUUUUUUUUAAUUAUCAAAAGCAGAUAUUAUAUUCAUGUCCGUGAAUGAAAACUUUUACUGCAAUGAUAAGGUUACCCACAUUGUAGGCUUCUUGCUUGUAGUGGUAAAAGUUUGCUGAUCAUGAAUGGAAGGUGUGGUGAUGUCUUUACUUAUAAAUCAUCAUAAAUGAUAUUAUUUAUAGAUAUGAGUUGGCAAUUCAGAGAGCCAAUUACUUAUUGGUGUGGCCUUGCACAACCUGCUAAGGUGGCCAUAAAUUACAGACAGCAGCUAUGGCACACACAGCAGAGAUGACAACAGACUUGGGCAAGUGGCCUUUAAUGGUUCAUGCUGGUUCCUACAUAUGUCCAGUGCGAGGGGGGUUGUAACAGGAUCUAUCAUCAUAAUGCUAUAUCGGCAGUGCCAUUGGACAAAAAAUCUAUUUCAAUCCAAAGAACAGAUGAGAAAAAAAUUACAUGACAGUUGAUUUUUUGUUCUUCUAUUCCAGUUGGUUAUUGACAUGUAUGUGGUGUGGCCGGAAAAUACAGUACAACAUAGAAUGUACAAAUUGAACCUACUCUGGCUCCACUCUGACAAUCAUGCUAAA